ACUGUGCUCACAUUAUAACCCUAUUUUGAAAGAAAAUAACCAUGACACCGAUGAUUUCCUUUAUUUAAAAUAAGAAAUGCAAGCUAGGAGGAGGAUUAUUAGUUGUGUUUGUUUCAUGUCUUCAUCAUCCUUUUAGUUUACACAUUGCAUUAUAUUUUAAAGCAUUUCUAAGUGCACCUAUUUCUUUCUGAAGGAUGACCUGUGAAUUUUGGAAAAAAGAAUGACUUUCUAUUUAUUAUCAAAAGCAGGAAUAAAUUUAGCUUAGUCAUGGGGGGGCUUUUUUUUUUUCCUUUGGCUCUUUAGAUGCUGUUCAUUCAAAUAUAGUCUAACUGGCAAUGAUCUGGAUGCCUUUAAGGUUAGCAAAGUUAAGGCCUGACAGAUAGCAGAAGAUCUGAAUAAUUCUUAGAAUUAUAAUCUGACAAAUUAUAGAAGUUCCCACAUGGAUUUCAGGCAUGCACAUACAACAGUGCAUUUUGCAGUGUGGUGCUUCUCUGCCUCACGUGGACAAUAACUUAAGCUUUAGUAUUGAUUAAAAAAUUGUUCUUAUCUCAUCUGAUUGAAAGCUUAGCAACUAUAGGCAGUUACAAGAAGAAUGGUGCAUCUUUGUCCAGUAUUCUGCAUUGGAGAUUUUCUAGCACCAGAAGAUUCUGAGGAAGAUAGUCUAAAAAUGAGCAUUGUAGUGGACAACUUUGGCAUUCUGUGCAUAAGAAAGUCUUUUAGCAGAUUGACUGCUGUAGAAUAUAGAAUUUAAAUAUAUGUAUUUUUUUACAUUUGUUUCUGUCAAAUGUGACAGAAUCUCUUCCUCUUUUGUAUGUAUCUCUCUGAGCUCUUUAAGCAGGCUUUGGUCUUGUAGAAACUGAGAUCCCAGCUAAUUGUAGUAGGUACAGAAUUGCCCACGUCUGGAUUCACUACAUUGCAAUUGUGCUUUGUUUGUAAGAUAAUGAAUAAGAGUACCUGACUUUCUCCUUCAUUCAGUUCAGCAUUUCAACUACAUUUGGCAUUUACCUUCUUUAUUUACUUGUUCCAGUUGCUCCAGUUUCACAUGCUUUGAUAGUCUUCCCAUGCCUCUGAUGACCUGUCCCUGAAGCCAUCUGCUUUUUGCUAGAGCUCCUUCAGAUGUGAAAAUUCGACACAAUAAUCGUUGAAGAGUUGAGGGGGCAUUAUAUUACUGUAGAUAGAAUUAAAAAACAAACAAACAAACAAACUGGAAAUAGUCUGUAAAUACCAAUAUUGAAUGGACUAAGUCUCUUUGGACAUAGUUCAUUAAAUUUUUAUGUCUGUCUGAAAUGCUGUCUGCUUAUUACCAACUACUGUAGUAGAAACUUUUGGAUAAUGAAGCUCUUCUGCUGUGGGUGACAUUGAGGUAGGCAUCAUAGGGUAACUAGCUUAUAAUGGUCUUGCUGGGAGACUGCACAAGGAGUCAUCAGCAUUUUCUCCCCAGAACGAAGUGGUUUUGAUGAGAGUUGUGUCUGUGCACUUUCUUGUUAGUUAAAAACAAAGCUUUCGAUUUGGGUUUGAGUACUGAACCUGUUUCUACCCCCUACCUGCAUGUAAAAAAGCCCCAGGUAAACUCCUGUUUAGGCUGCCAGAAAGCCUUGGUGGGUUACUGUAAAGCACUCUCACUUUUGAUAGGUUUUCAAAAGCACUGGUUUUCUCACAUCCAUAGUUACCAGCAGAAGAAGUUGGGGUGGCGCAAGGCUGAACUUGGAACCCAAAAAGAAAACCGUAGUGGAGAGAAUGGAAAAUGGGACAGGAAAAUUGUACAGGGGGCAAUGUUGCAUGAUGCCAUAGCUCCUACCAGAUACCUCCAGCCUGAUAUAACACCAAGUGUAUGUGUGCUAUAUGGAGCUUUUCUCUUGCAUACUUAGAUGAGUUGGAAGGGGUAAGCCUAUCCCUUAGAAUGAAGUGCUGAGUGUGUUUCCAUUAUAUUCCUGUAUCAUCCAGGAGGCCUUCUAGCAGGAAAAGGGAGAUGUACUGCAAUUUCAUAAAAGGGUAGAGGCAGGAAAAAAGGAGUUGUAAGGGAAAUUCCAGAAAGUCCCUCUGGAUUUGCUCAGACACACCUAGACUUGCCCUCUAUUGGGAUUUACCUGUAGCAUGUACAUCAUUAAGAUGCUUUAUUAUUUUUUUAAAUUAAUUUUAUUUUCCUUUGCAGGUCACCUUUUAAGCUGCUAUUUCCUGUAUAAUUAAGCAGAAUGAAGGCAUUAGGUUCUAGUAGAGUUGGGCCUAAUCCAGAAAUCUUCUCUUACUCAGUCUUUUCUAAGUAAGAAACUCAAUUCUGGGCCCAGUGUUUUACAUGUUUUGCUGUUAUUUCUAAAUUAUUUGUGGUCUGUGGAUUUUUUGUUUUUAACUUUAUUGAAAACUUCUUUGCUUUUGUCUUAUUUUAUUUCUUUGUACUACUGUCCAGCAUAGCGUUAGUUGAAAUGAUGUAAGUAUAUUGGAAAUUGAAGUGCAUAAUUGCUACUGAUAAUGCAAGAGCAGUUGAUUCAUACAGUUUAUAAUUAACAGUACAUAAUGUUCAGUGCAUGGAUCGGUUCUGUCCCUUUUAACUUUUCCUUCCUGAUUCUUUCCAACUCCCAGUCUUGCCACAUUCCAGCCUUUCUGAAUAUCCUGGUUUAGCUGGAGUCUAGUCCAUUCUUCCUUUUCUUUUUCAGACCAGUAAAAAUGGGAAGUACUGGAUUCUGGUUUCCUCCAAGAAGAGUCAGCGGAACUGGUUAAGACCAAAAUCUGAGGACUUUAGUGGGCAAACAUCAGUCCCCUUUUGCUUUCUUUUACGACCACAUGAAACUUGAGAAGCCAUCUAAAGCUAAAUCAUUUAGUGGAGUUGGGCAAUUCCCAAGUGUCCAACAAGAAGGCCUGGUUUAGGCUGCGAUGGCCACUGUCAUUCCUGGUGAUUUGUCAGAAGUAAGAGAUACCCAGAAAGUCCCUUCAGGGAAACGUAAGCGUGGUGAAACCAAACCAAGAAAAAACUUUCCUUGCCAACUGUGUGACAAGGCCUUUAACAGUGUUGAGAAAUUAAAGGUUCACUCAUACUCUCACACAGGAGAGAGGCCCUACAAGUGCACACAACAAGACUGCACCAAGGCCUUUGUUUCUAAGUACAAAUUACUAAGGCAUAUGGCUACUCAUUCUCCUGAGAAAACCCACAAGUGUAAUUAUUGUGAGAAAAUGUUUCACCGAAAAGAUCACCUAAAGAAUCACCUACAUACACACAAUCCCAACAAAGAGGCCUUUAAGUGUGAAGAAUGUGGAAAGAACUACAAUACCAAGCUUGGGUUCAAACGUCACCUGGCUUUGCAUGCUGCAACAAGCGGUGACCUCACCUGUAAGGUAUGUUUGCAGACUUUUGAAAGCACAGGAGUGCUGCUGGAGCACCUAAAAACUCAUGCAGGCAAGUCAUCGGGUGGAGUGAAGGAGAAAAAACACCAGUGUGAACACUGUGAUCGUCGGUUCUACACCCGAAAGGAUGUCCGUAGACACAUGGUAGUGCACACUGGAAGAAAGGACUUCCUCUGUCAGUACUGUGCACAGAGAUUUGGGCGGAAGGAUCACCUAACGCGCCACAUGAAGAAAAGUCACAACCAAGAACUUUUGAAGGUCAAAACAGAGCCAAUGGACCUUCUAGAUCCCUUUACCUGCAACGUUUCUGUGCCUAUCAAGGAUGAGCUGCUUCCAGUGAUGUCGUUACCUUCCAGUGAACUGACAUCAAAGCCAUUUACAAACACUUUGCAAUUAAAUCUCUACAACACUCAGAUUCAGUCCAUGCAGAGUUCUGCAUCUGCACACCAAAUGGUUGCCACAUCAUUACCAUUGGGGAUGCCUUGUCCAAUAGAUAUGGAGUCUGUCCACCCUUCGCACCAGCUAUCGUUGAAAUAUCCGCUCAGUUCUACCUCAUAUGCAGUUUCUAUGCCUGAAAAAGAACAGCCUUUGAAAGGGGAAAUCGAAAGUUACUUAAUGGAGUUGCAAAGUGGUAUGCCUUCUUCAUCCCAGGAUUCUCAAGCAUCUUCAUCAAAACUAGGGCUGGAUCCACAAGUAGGGCCACUAGAUGAUGGGUCUGGGGAGGUUUCCCUUUCCAAGGGCUCCGUUCCUAUUAGUGAACCUCUAAACACCCCGUCAUUGGACUUUUCUCAGCUGUUCAACUUCAUACCCGUCAACGGCCCUCCCUAUAAUCCUUCUGUUUCGGUGGGAAACCUUGGAAUGAGUUACACGCAGGAGGAGGCACAUUCUUCUAUGACUCAACUUCCACCACAGACACAGGAUCCACAAGAUCCUAGCAAUAGUAUAGGUCUUGGGUCUCUGCACUCAUUGUCAGCAGCUUUCACGAGCAGUCUAAGCACAACCACCACCCUACCACGAUUUCAUCAAGCUUUCCAAUAGGAUGUACAAAGCUGGCUUGUUACUGUCUAUUUGUAGAAAUGCCUUAGGUGACCAUUUUUAACUUAGUGCCUACUAUAAGACAUUAUCAGUUCUCUGCUUUUGUACAGUACCAAUCUCAUGAAGCCAGUAAGAAAUUUAAAUUAACUUUUUAAAAAUGUUUUGAAAGUGUUUAUUCUCAGCUGUGUUUACUUCAUUGUUUUUGUUUUUGUUUUUUUUUUUUUUAAAGUCUCAUUGUAUUGUUUUCAUUUUCACUGCCAAUUGACCCAUUUAAAAUGUCCACUAGAAAGUCAUCCCAAGCAAACUUUCAACACGCAUCCCUUUUAAAACCUUUUCAACCUUACAGCCACUCUGUUCUAUUGAUGUGGUGGAGCUACCAUUUUUACCUUUUAUAUAUUACAGCAUUUGCAAAGGAUCCAUUUCAAACGUGUAUCACAAAGGUUCCUGAAGAUCAGGGAAAAAUUUUCUCCGUUCCCUUUCCAAAAAAAAAAAAAACCUCUUCCCAAAUGGUGACAUCUGAUCUGUUCCAUAAUGACAAAUUUUGAUUUUUAAAUGAAGAUAGAAUUCAGAUUUUUCUGAAAAUUUGGAUGUGUAUAUGUCGAAGUCCAUAUAUACACAUGUACAUAUAUAUAACAUUUUGACUUAUAUUGAAGUCAUUAUAAAAGGUGUUAAGAAUUUUGCCAUUUUCUGGCUUAAAUUUUUGUGGCUUGUUAUAAAUAUUGGAAGAAAAAGAAUACAGUUUAAUUUUCUAAAACCGUGGCUGAACAGAACUUCAACAGAGAAUCUCUGCUUGCCUAACUGACAAAAGUUUCAAGUUGAAUUUGGAACUGUGUUGUGCUUUCAUGACUCUGGUAGAGGAAAACAGGCAAAUUUAAUGGCUGAUCUUGAAAUAUAAAAGUGUUGUAAUUUAGUAAUGCAGAAUAUUUUGUCGCAGUUUUUGUUUUAAUUCUUAACUUGCUGUUUUUUUUUACCUUUAGUAGCAUAGAAAGAGUACUGCAUAGGAAUCUUCCAGUAGCGUACUGACUUUUGUAGGCAUCGGUCUUCUCCCAGCUGCCACCACCAAAGGGUGGAUCAAGUCCAGCCAGAAAGUGUGUAUCUAUUUUAACUUCAAUAUUAGUGUGCAGUCAGAGAGUGAAUGUAAAUUUACAGAUACCAUUUUUUGGGUUUUUUUUUUUUUUAUUGGAAUGAACUUUUCAGUUGUGUUACAUGGUGUGUUAUGUCCUCCUAAGCAACAAGUUAGAUGUUAAUCAUACUUUCUACACCUGGGUACUUGGUUAGGGACUUUUUGCCCACUGCCAAGAUUUAAAGACAGGACUCUUAGGAGUGAAGUAAAAGCAUAUUGCUUACACCACUUUUGCCUAAUGCAAUAUUUUCUAUUCCCCAACCCCUAAUAACCAAAAGAGGAAAAAAGAAAAAAAAAAAAACAAAC